AUGAAGAAAAAAAGAGUUUGCUCGAACAACAGAUUAAAGAGCAGCAACAACAGUUCUCAAAUUUCAAGUAACGAUCCUCAAAAUAGUGAAAACGAUUCAUUGUCAUCGUCGGUUUUAAAAGAAGUUCACAAUCUCGGACAUUUUACUCCAAAUGAUUUCUAUGGCUCCGGUGAUCAACAAAAUCGUCAACAACGUUUACAAUAUCAAAAAUCUCAAAAUUCUUUACCCAACAGCAAUAAUAAUAAUGAUAAUGGUUCAACAUCGCCGUCUUCAACUACAUUAUUAACGCCAAAGUCUUCAUCUUCUUCAUCCAUUACAAACGUUAAUGUCGAUGAGGAAGAAGAUCAUGAUGUUUCGGAUUUUUGGCAAGAUGUUUAUCGGCCUUCCAGUGGAAAUCGUAUGGAUAUUCUCGAGCUUAGUAGACAAAGAUUAUCUGUUGUCGAUUCAAUUAUAUCAGUCUCAGAAACUUAUUCAGAGCCAACUUCAAAUAUUGCCAAUAAAAAAAUUUAUAGGCCUCGUCCUAACGAAGACUAUUAUUCCGUUAGCAAAGACAACAAACAAGAGUAUGAUAACAAAUUAUCUCCAACUUUUCAAGAAAGUUCGCAUAAACGUUCAAGAUCUCUUGUGAAACCAGAACGUGCUCGUUACUAUAACAAUCGUCGUAUAAGUAGGGUUUUUGAACCAAAAGAUGCUGAAAAUAUAACUAUAGGGCCACGCUCGAUUACUGAUAGUAGAUUAGGUUCUAUAAAAAAUACCAAAGGUUUGAAAAAAUGGCGUAGAGGUGAAUGUCCGUCUGUAUGGGUAAUAUUCUCAAGAUGUGUAACCUUCUAUGCUCCUUCAUCUUUACUUUCAUUUUUUGGCAUGCGAGAUGAAAUGGUUCGACAAGCAUGGCGUGAAAAAAUGGCACUUGUAAAGAUAAUAAUAGUUUUAUGUUCUGCGGUCGGUUUCAUAACUUUUGGCCUUGGCCAAAUAUUUUGUGGCGCGGAACCGCAAAGGUUUGGCGUUGAUUCUCUUGAAUCAGGCCAUGGUAUCAUUCUAGGAAGAUUAUUUGAUAUUUCGGAAUUUUCCCAUCCUGCUGUUGAUGGGCUGUUUACUUCUUAUCCCGGAAAUCUAUUAGGUGUCAAUGGCAAUGAUCUAACAUUUUUGUUUCAAGCUAUAAAUAGCGAGUGUAAAAAUGUUUUGAUUCCAAAAGUACCUGAUGAUAAUUAUGGAAAUGUCUUCAAUUAUUUUCCUUGCGUUGCAAUUAAUGGUGACUCUACCCCGGAUCCUUCCAUCGUUGACAUGAAGAACUGUCACAAUGAUGCUUCAUCUAGAACCUUAUUGAGUAGUCUUAAUUAUGUCGGUGACGUCUUUUUUGAUUGGACUGAUGUAGAAGCACCCGAACACAAUUAUGUGGUUAGUAAUGGUCAAGUUCUUGAUUUGGACAAAUUACAAUGGUUGGUGCCAAAUAUAAUAGUUCCGCCUGAACUUCAACAACUGAUUGAAACUAAACACAAUGCUCGCGGUCGUGACGUUACCUAUUCCUUACAACAAAAUCAAAAGACAAUUAAAUUAUCAAAAUGUCUGCAACAAAUCAUUCGUGUGGGUGUGGUUGAUUUCAGUUCGAUAGGCUGUGUGAUUACUAAAACGAUAACAUAUGUUGCAUUGGUUGUGAUUAUUGGUGUGGUCCUAGUGAGAUUUGCUAUGGCAGUUUUGUUUGGAUGGAUCGUUAGUUGGAAACUUGGUAGUUUUCGUGAAGAGUCUGCUGAAGAUAUUGCAUUGAGAGAAAAAGAUAUUGAACAUUGGAUUAAUGAUAAUACUAUUGAUCCAUCUAUUAAUAGUUCUAAGCAUAGUUCAGUGGGGUCUCUUAAUCAUAUAAAACAAUUUAAUCAGAAAUCGUCAUCGAAAACACCAUAUAACAGUAAUAAUAAAAGCAAACAAAAAUCAAAUCUUGGAAUUGCAAGAGAAUCAUCACUCCCGUAUCCACCAUCAGUUGAUAGUGAUAGUAACCCGGAUCAACAACGUAAUUCUAUAUCGUCGAUAUCAUCAUCCGCCGGCCAAUCAUCAGUUCCCAACGUCAUCACACAAGAACCAGAGCAACGAUAUAAUUUUCCUUUAAUGCACACAAUCUUGUUGGUCACAUGUUACUCCGAGGGUCCAAUUGGUCUAAGGACAACUUUGAACUCAUUGGCCAAUACCGAUUAUCCAAAUUCACAUAAAUUGCUUAUGGUGAUUGCCGAUGGGAUAAUUUUUGGUUCAGGGAAUGAGAGAUCAACUCCAGACAUAGUUUUAUCAUUAAUGUCGGACUUUGUUGUCGAUCCGAAUGAUGUCGUAGCACAUUCUUAUGUCGCAAUUGCAGAUGGUAAAAAAAGACAUAAUAUGGCCAAAGUUUAUGCUGGUUAUUAUAAAUAUCGAGAUGGAAAAAAUACAUCAAAAUCUCGACGCAUUCCAAUGGUGACAAUAGUUAAAUGUGGUGGUCCUGAUGAACUUGACGAUAAAAAACCUGGGAAUCGUGGAAAACGUGACACGCAAAUUAUUUUAAUGAGUUUCUUACAAAAAGUUAUGUUUGAUGAAAGAAUGACACCGUUAGAAUAUGAAUUUUUUAAUGCUAUUUGGACUGUUAGCGGUGUUACUCCUGAUUUCUUUGAAACUGUUCUUAUGGUUGAUGCAGACACCAAGAUAUAUCCAGAUUCACUAACACGUAUGAUAUCCUGUUUUUCACGUGACUCAUCGAUAAUGGGUCUCUGUGGCGAAACAAAAAUAGCAAAUAAAACCGAUACAUGGAUUACUAGAAUUCAAGUCUUCGAAUAUUACAUUUCGCAUCAUUUGCAAAAAGCUUUUGAAUCGAUUUUUGGUGGCGUAACAUGUUUACCAGGUUGUUUUUGUAUGUAUAGAAUUAAAGCACCAAAAGGAAUUGAUGGAUACUGGGUUCCGAUACUUGCCAACCCUGAUAUAGUGGAACAAUACUCGGAGAAUGUAGUGAACACGCUUCACAAAAAGAAUUUAUUGCUACUUGGUGAAGAUAGAUUUUUGACAACAUUGAUGCUUAGAACAUUUCCGAAACGAAAAUUGAUAUUUGUUCCACAGGCUAUAUGUAAAACAAUUGUCCCCGACUCAUUCAUUGUGCUCAGGUCUCAACGCCGUCGAUGGAUCAAUUCCACUGUGCAUAAUCUACUAGAACUAGUGCUUAUUCCUGAUUUGUGUGGAACGUUUUGUUUUUCAAUGCAAUUUGUCAUUUUCAUGGAGUUGAUAGGCACUGUGGUACUUCCAGCUGCAAUCACAUUCACCGUCUAUCUAGUGAUCAUCUCGAUGGUUCAGGGCCCAGUCCAAGUUAUCCCAUUGAUAUUGUUGGCAGCAGUGUUAGGAUUGCCGGCAUUACUUAUUCUACUUACAUCACGUAAAAUUGUGUAUGUUGGAUGGAUGGCUAUUUAUUUGUUAUCAUUGCCAAUAUGGAAUUUCGUAUUGCCACUGUAUGCAUUUUGGCAUUUUGAUGACUUCUCAUGGGGCCAGACACGUAUUGUAGAGGGCGAGGAAAGCGGUAUAGAUCAUUCGAGAAAAGACGGUGUGUUUGACAGUACAAAGAUUGUGAUGAAGAAAUGGUCGGAAUGGGAGCGCGAGAAACGGAUCAGGGCUCGUAAUUUACAGAAAAAGCAAAUACAAAAACAAUUGCAGUCACAACAUUAUCAUUCGACAAUGCCAAUUCUAAAGAAUAAUCACAGUGAAAGUUCUUCUUUUACAAUGUAUUCACCAGCACAGUCGUUUCAAGUGUUGCCACAAAAGCAAUUAUCCCUACAAUCCUUAGAAUCAUCAAAUUCACCACUUCCACGUACUAAUUUUAAAACAUUACCAACUAAAUCUAAUUCUAUGGAUUUGCCGGACUCAACGUCAAGACCUUCGAAAUCUAUAAACCAUAGGUCUUUUACCGCAGACACCUAUUAUCAAAGCGAACAUCAUAAUACAAGACAUUAUCAAAGUUAUGGCACUAAUCCUAAUCCUAAUAACACUAACACUAAUACUAACAAUACUAAUAAUACUACUAAUACUAAUAACGGUAGUAGUAAAUCAUAA